GGCUGCGGCGCGAGCGCGGCGUCCCGGAAGAUGGCCGCGGGGGGGCUGCUGUCCGCGGGCUGGCGCGCGGCGCGCAGGGCCGUGGCGGUGGCGGGGCCCCGGGGGCCGCAGGUCCGAGGAGCUGCGGGUGUGUCUGGCAGGAGUGAAGUUGCCAAGGCCCAAAAAGCAGCUCCUGGAGGAGCUGCACCAACCAUCUUCUCCCGGAUUCUGGACCGAAGCCUCCCAGCUGACAUUCUCUAUGAAGACCAUCAGUGUCUCGUGUUCCGUGACGUGGCCCCACAAGCUCCUGUGCAUUUCCUGGUCAUUCCUAAGAAGCCCAUUCCUCGGAUUAGCCAGGCUGAAGACGACGACCAGCAGCUUCUAGGACACUUACUCCUUGUGGCCAAGAAGACAGCAAAGGCUGAGGGCCUGGAAGAUGGAUAUCGACUUGUGAUCAAUGAUGGGAAGAUGGGUGCACAGUCUGUGUAUCACCUGCACAUUCAUGUACUUGGAGGCCGGCAGCUCCAGUGGCCUCCUGGUUGAACCCGCCAACUGACCAAGGACCCCCAGACCUGAAUGCUUGGAUGAGGAAGGGGAAGAGGGACCCUGUGAUGCUAAUAAACUUAUUUUCCUUCAA